UAUUCAUUUGUUUCGCGACGCUUUUGUACAAUUUGUCGUUAAUUUACGAGAGAUCGCGUUCCUUUUAUUUAUACAAAAUCCUGCAUUCUCCCGAUGGACAAAAUGAUCGAAACGCAUCACUACGAUGCCGUAUUCGGCGUGUUCAAGAAGCAGGAACCGGUCAUCGAGCAGAAAACGCAAGAGCUCGAAAACAAAAAUGCCGAAUACGCGGAAGCCGUGAAGAGUUUACAGAAGGCCAAACAGGAAGUGUUCGACGCCGAAGAGAUACAGUCCCAAAUCAAGUGGAAAUUACACGAAAAAUUUCAGCUGGUCAAUACGGACCGGGCGCAGUUGGGGUUUCACGUAAACAAUCUCAACGAUAAGUCCGUUAAAACCGACAGAACCACGAGAAUCGAAAAGCAAAUCAAAUUUAGCGAGCAUAUCUUAACGAAAAUAAAGAACGAAGAUUUACGUAUGGAUUCAGAAAUGCUAAAAAAGUUAACUGAUGAUUUUUACGAACAAAUAGAGUCAUGUAAAGCAGAUAUAAACGACGAAAAUCGUGAAAUGGAUAAGCUCAAAGCAGCCAUGUUUCAGUAUCGCGAAUAUAAAGUACCGCGUCAAAAUUAGACGUCGAAUUCGUAUAUAAUUCCUUUGUUUUAUAUGUUCAUAAGUUAGUGUAGAUAUAUGCACAGGUUUAUAAUAAAAACUACCUAAAUUGCUGGUAAAUACCGUAUGAUCGAAAAAAGACGGCGUCCAGUUGGCUUGGAAAUGACAAUUGAUGACAUUUCCCAUAUAAUUUUACAUAUAAAAUGACAGCGAUCUUCAUUUCUUGGCCAUCGCUGACGCCGUUUUUAUUCAAUCCUUUGAUUCAAUCAUACACGGUAUUUAUUUGAAGAAAAGACAUUUUUCAAGAGAUUUUAGUUCAAAUGACUCGUGUAUUGUUGGUUGCAUAACAAUCAAGAAAAUUUAAAAUUUUUGCAACGAUUAACUAUUCAGAACAAAAAAAUAAUUUAAAUUAACAGUCCCAAUGGUCUUAAAUCCUUUUUCUCUAUUUACGUUACCAAUUUAACCAUUUAAAUUAUUGUAAUUGGUUGCUUUUAAAUCAUAGACAACUUUAUACAGUUAAAAUGAAAUAAAUUCCCAUUUUUUGUGUUCAUAAGUUAGUGCAGCUAUUUGGAUUAUGCACAGGUUUAUAAUAAAAACUACGUAAACUGCU